GUAGCAGAGCCAGACCUGCUGAAAGCCUGUGCUGGGGCUGACAUCCUCCUGUUUGUGGUGCCCCAUCAGUUUAUCGGCAAAGUCUGUGACCAGCUCAAGGGCCACGUGAAGAAAGAUGCUGUUGGGGUGUCGCUCAUCAAGGGGGUGGACGAAGGACCAGAUGGGCUAAGGCUGAUCUCAGACAUUAUCCAUGAAAAACUGGGAAUAGAGAUGAGCGUCCUCAUGGGGGCCAACAUUGCUAAUGAAGUGGCAGAAGAGAAGUUUUGUGAAACAACCAUCGGCUGCAAGAACAUGCAGCAUGGGCAGACGCUGAAGGAGCUGAUGCAGACUCCAAACUUCCGAGUGACGGUGGUGCAGGAAGCUGACACCGUAGAGAUCUGCGGGGCUCUCAAGAAUGUUGUGGCUGUAGGAGCUGGUUUCUGUGAUGGACUCGGCUAUGGAGACAACACGAAGGCUGCCGUGAUCCGUCUGGGACUGAUGGAGAUGAUUGGCUUCGCCAAACUCUUCUGUAAGGGCUCCGUCACCUCCUCCACCUUCCUGGAGAGCUGCGGGGUGGCUGACCUCAUCACUACCUGCUAUGGUGGCCGCAACCGCAAAGUGGCUGAGGCUUUUGCCAAGACUGGAAAGUCUAUUGAGCAGCUGGAGAAGGAGAUGUUGAAUGGGCAGAAGCUGCAGGGUCCCCAGACGUCUGCUGAGCUGCAUCGCAUCCUUAAAAGCAAGAACGUAGUGGAGAAGUUCCCCCUCUUCACAGCUGUGUAUCAGAUCUGCUACGAGGGCAAACCCGUUACUGAUGUCAUCAAGUGUCUCCAGAACCACCCUGAGCACAUGUAAGUGGGCUCUGCCUGCAAAACCACUGAUCCUGCCCAGAUGAGCGGAGAGCUCCUGCCUGCGCCAACUUGCUCUGCUGCUACAGCUUUGUAAGGAGUCCGGAUUUCCUGGGAGCCUUUGCUGGAAGGGCAGAGAUUCCCUUUCUCAGCCCUGGACACUGCCAGCCUGAGCAGGUACCAUCUGCACAGAGGUACCUGCUGAUGUCCCUCUCUCUUUGAAGGG